AUGGAAACAAAAUUGGCAAUCGUUAUUCUGACUUUGAACAUUCUUUUGAAUACUUUGACCCCAGAUGCCCUUAAUCACCCUCACUCGAAAGUGUUUCGCAUAGUUGAGGAAUCUCCAAAUGGAACUGAAAUUGACGGUAUUUCCAACUACCUCCAAAGUUUUGUUGAAGCAAGGUUACAGGCUACCUAUCAACUCCUCGAUUCUCAUGAAAUGCUCACUCGUCUGCUUAAGAUCGAACCUCAGACUGGCCGUCUCUUUAUUGAUGGUCGGGUAGACAGGGAAGCUCUCUGUCCCCAGUCAUCUGCCAUCUCUUUAAACUAUCUCGAUCCAGAUGUCACUUGUGUUAAGCAAAUUAAUAUUUUGGCCACCGUGAGACUUGAUGAUAGACAAAAAGUCUCCGUUCAGACCAUCCCCCUUAAACUUGUAAUCCAAGAUGUCAAUGAUAACGAGCCAUCGUGGAAUACAGAGAGGAAAAAACAAGAUGGAACCCCCAUCCUGGAAACGAGCAUCCUCGAACAGGGACCAGUAAAUAAGGUUCUUAUACCUGCUGCGUAUGAUCCUGAUUCAGGGCCAAAUGGUGAGAUUUCGUAUAGAUUGGAAAAAUAUAGAGACCCUUCAAAUGGAGACCUUGAGAGGCAUGAAAGUGGUCCGGCUCCAUUUACCAUUAGUGGACCAGUUGGUGGCAUGCUUCAACUCACUCCCUUCCAACCCAUUGACUAUGAAAAGCAGAGCGUCUAUGACCUUCUUCUGAUUGCGUCUGACGCCGGUACACCGCCGAAAGUGGGAACCGCCCAUCUUCGAAUCAACGUGAUUGACGUUAACGACGAAGCUCCGGUUUUUACCCAGCAAAUCUUUAGUCCUCCAGGUGGUCAUGGAAUUUCAGAGCGGACGCACCCAGGGAAGGUUAUCCUCAACGUGACUGCUAUUGAUGGGGAUGCCUCUGAACGUAACUCACGUCUCACAUACUCCAUGGUACCUAGUUCAAAUCGGCUAAUAGAAGAAAUAUUUUCUGUGCACCCUGAUGGCCGGAUCCUAUUGAGGCACUGGCUGGAUUACGAAACGUUGGAACCAUCUCACAUGGUUAGCUCCGGGACUGCUGCUCGAGAGGCUCCACCUUCGAAGAAUAAACAAUUCGCGUUUUUUGUAAAAGCUACUGACUCGGCACCUCCACCAUAUGAGAAAACAGGAACCGCUCUAGUCGUUAUCCCAAUAAUUGACGAGAAUGACGAAAGACCAAUCAUUACCUCGCGGUUUUUGGGGCCACCUGAGCUCGUUAAACAAGGAGAAGCAGGCGUUAUAACAGAGAAUUCAACAGUGCCUGUCCAACUUGCCUACAUCCAAGCACGCGAUCCAGAUUUUGAUGGCAGAGACCGUGUUGAAUGCUCUGUUCCCGAUAACAGGAACCUCUCCCUAAAGCGCAUAACUCCAUUGUCGCACCAGCAAUCCACUGGAAACGCAGAUAAUGCACCAACUAACAACGACUUUCUUCUCAGUCUUGAGGUGCCCGUUGAUCGGGAAAUUACAAAGAUGCUUCGAGUGCGAAUCCAUUGUACAGAUGACGCCAACAAUACUGCAGAUAAACUUAUAAACAUUCGCGUAUUAGAUAUUAAUGACGAAGCCCCAAGCUUCCUUUGGCCAGUUUUUUAUUUCUCAGUCAACGAAAACACCAAGGCUCCUCCAGUUUCGAUCGGUUCGAACAGUACAUCACUGGGCUAUAGAAUUGGACGUGUGAUUGCUUACGACAAAGACGAAGGAGAAAACGCAAGGAUUGUCUACAAGAUACUGCCAUCGAUUGAAAUUGAAGAGCCAAAAUAUCGACCAAUACUGUUCCCAGUGAGCGACUACGAAAAAGAUAUAGCCCCCGCGCAAGCUUCGGACCUAUUUCGAAUAGAUUCAUUGACAGGAGAGCUAUUUGCACUGAGGUCCUUUGAUGCCGAAAGAGAGAAAUUGAUAAAAUUUCAAGUAACUGCUGUAGAUCAGCCCUCUAAUCCCAAUGCUGUUAAACAUACCGGCACUUCGAGUGUUUACGUGCAAAUAUCCGACAUGAAUGAUUGGUCACCAGUGUUUUACCAAGUUUUCAAUGAAGACGACCGAAAGAGCCAACAGUUAUAUGUCACCGAUGCUACAGACGAAUCUACAACUACUGAUUCCUAUUAUUUUUCAAUAAAAGAGAAUCUUCCAGCUUACACACUUGUCGGUCGAAUAAGGGCAAUUGACCUGGAUGUAAGCUUCUGGAGUCCUCCACGAAUUUCCGGUGUCAACGGAAGUUCAAUGGACAGCUCAAGAUCAUCGCGUGGGGUAACACUUAAGUUGGCACCAGGUACCGCACCCCACAUAGAAAACGCUUUUAGUGUCCAUUCAACAUCUGGACAGUUGAGAACAACAGGACCGCUGGAUAGAGAAGCCUAUGCUAAUUACACCUUCAAUGUAAUUGCUGUUGAUAAGGGCCCUGUUGAUGGAGUUUCUAGAACAUCCACUGCUUUGGUUUCCGUUUCGGUUGAGGAUGAAAAUGACAAUGAUCCAGUGUUUGUGAGACCGGCACCGGAAUCAGGGAGCAGCAAAGGACCGGAUGGGAGUUCAUACCUCGAGAGCGGUGCACCUCCGUUGCCGCUCGACUCGCGCUCACUGGACACCGAUCAAGUCCCUGUCGUGGCCGUCAACAUGCCCACCGGUGGUGGUGCAAGCGAUGGUAGCGGUAAAGCCCUUGACUCUUAUGUUUUAAUUGACAUCACUGUGCGUCCUCUCGUUCGAAUUGAAGCACAUGAUCCUGACGCUGGUCGAAAUGGUCACAUUCGUUAUGCCAUUACCGCCGGAAACAAUGAUGAUCUUUUCUAUCUCGACCCGUUGUCCGGUUCCCUUGUUCUAAAGUCCGCACACCCAUUUGCUAAAGAAGCUGUCAGUUAUCUUCUUCAAUUGGAAGCUUGCGACCAGGGCAUUCCCCCACGUUGUGCCACUCCAGCUCGUCUGCGCAUUGUCAUAAAUCGACCCACUGGAAGUAGUCCGGGAUCAUCUGGGGGCUUGGUCUAUCCCGGCGCUCAGGACACCACCCUUUACGUCCCACCAGGACGCUACACAGGGGGAUCCCCAUCAUCUGGUGCUGGAGGUGGAGUAGGAUAUCCCGACUCAUGGGACAACGAGCUAUUUGGGGAGGCUGCUGUGCCAUGGGCUUCCUCGCGGUCUAAGUGGGAGGAUAAACAUCGGUACCUUCGAGGAGAAUACGAACCAUCGGGUUCACUGUAUCGAAGAACUGGAGUGACCGUCAGUGAAGCAGUGAUUAUUUGUGUAGCGGUGAUAUUUGCCGUGUUUCUGUGCGCUGCUUUAUUACUAGUCUAUUUGGUGAAAAGGAAAUCAAUCUACUUCUCAAUCGGAGGAAAGCAAAAGCAAAGAGUUGCAGAGACGCCCACAAAUCCUGAUUAUAAUUCAGGCAACUACAAAUGCGAAGCACCUGCAGCGUGCGAGAGCCUAGAAACCAAUGAAAAGACGUCAGUUUACCGCAUGGUUCCAUGCACUCAGGCGCCUGGAAAGAUUGUGUUUGUUGACAAUGACUUCGAUCGGCAAAACAUUCCUGAAGGAUCUGUGUCUGAUACAUUGGCUCUCAACCCUAUUCCUGACGGGAAACGCGUGGCAGCCUCUCUACAGGAUUAUGGUCUUCGAAGAGGAAUGAGUGCAAGUGCUGCGGUGCUAACAAAUUUAGAGUCUGUUUACAUCACCAGCCCGGGAGCAUCAGAUUAUCCUAUGGGUACCUCUGAAUACCCCGACGUGGUGACGCGCUCCGCAUUCAACUAUCCCCAGACGGUGUCACGUGAAAGGAUACAAACCAACGAAGUACCUCCAGCAUUUUUUGGUACUUUUGUUGGGCCCAACGGUUGUGCUCGCACCGUUAAUUUUGGUCAACAUAGCGAAUACGAUUCCACAACGUUCCAGCGGCGUUGUGCUAGUUUAAGACCGAAUCAUAGUGUUGUAUCCACUUCUACUCCUUACCGCUACGUCCACCCACCAUAUGUUUAUACGCCCAUAAUUGGCAGUCCACCUUCUCACGUUGUGCAUUGCAGAGGAAUUUCCGAACCUAAUAAUAACGCCAAACUAUCGUCUUACUCUCCGCAAAAUGCCCUUCACAGACAGCCUUACGUCUUCACUGACGACCGACACGCCUACAACGACCUCGAUCUUCUCUCUGCAACGUUGCAGCGGCAACCGCGUCCAAUGCAGCAAUUUGUGGAGAUAGCGCCACCAGCAGUGUCAAGCCCACCUUAUGGUCGGCUGAGACAACCAAUAACUAAUUAUACAGUUGCAGCCCCGAAUAAUCGAUACGCGGUAGUGAACUCUCGAAUGGUUCCUGAUGGUGAGAUCACCCCGUUAAUGGAACCCGUGGUAACUUUGAAGCGAGUUCGGGUUCCUACUGUUCCUAGCGCACAAGAAGAUGUGGUAGGUGGCGGAACCUCCGAAGAGGGUGGCAGUGAAGCUUUUGACCAGAGGAGUAGUCCAAACUCUCUCAGUGAGGCCUUCAUCGAGGCAGAAUUCAAGGAACAUGAGAUUGACGAUGAGGAAGACGAAGAAUCGAUCACUGAUCCUAAUGCCAAAUUACUCACGUCAAUGGAAGAACAGACAAUGACAACAACUAAACCACGGAGUAGUGAAGGAGAACAACUGACAAAAUCUCCACACCACCAGCCGGAAUCAGAAAGCCAGGCAACCGAAGAGAUCAUGGUGAGCUCGGAGACUGGGUUCCCUUCUUCAAAUUCAGGAAAUCCUCCUCCUCCACCACCACUACCACCACCGACGUACACAGUCCAUGAAGCAAGUUUCGUUUGA